AUGCAUCGCACAACCCCAGUCGACACUUGGUCGUCCAAUUCCAGGUCUUUCGCGAGUGGCAAGUUGCGCUUGCUUCACCGUGCGAUCCUCGCGCUUCAGAGACCAGAUGGCCACAUUCAACUGGAAUUCCCUGCAGAAGAUGCCAUCGACCUGCAAACGCUACGAGUAAACACUCCUGAAGUGCAAAGCGGAUCAUCCGAUUCCCCAAGUCGUGAACAAGACGCAGUCUAUAAGAAGCCAGCAGCCAAAUGCGUCGAUACCCGCUUGGUCUCAGUUCCACCUUUGAUGAAUAUCUGUAUCCUCAUUGUGGGCACACGAGGUGACGUUCAACCGUUCUUGGCCAUUGCACAACGACUUCAAAGAGAUGGCCAUCGAGUACGUUUAGCCACCCACGCAGUAUACAGAGAAUUCGUAAUGACCCACGGCGUUGAGUUCUACCCAUUGGGAGGAGACCCAAAAGAACUAGCUGCUUACAUGGUCAAGACCGGUGGCCACCUCAUUCCAACCAAAAUCGAGACGCUUACGACAGACGUACCAAGAAACAGAGAGAUGAUCAACGAAAUUGUACUCUCCACGUGGCCGGCUGUAUCCGAUGCAGACCCUGACGGUGGGGGGCCAGGUGUUCCAGGCCCACCAUUUCGAGCCCAGGCUAUCAUUGCAAAUCCAGUUUCGUAUGGACAUAUUCACGUCGCUGAACGUCUCAGUGUACCGCUCCACAUCAUGUUCCCACAACCUUGGGCUCCUACGAUGGCGUUCCCACAUCCGCUGUCGAAUUUAGCGUACACUGGAAAUUGGCGAAAGAGGAAUUUUCUCUCCUACAAACUCGUGGAUCUCAUCAUGUGGCAUGGAACCGAGGGAAUGAUCAACGAAUUCCGAACGGAAGUUCUGAAGCUGCGUCCAAUCCGCAAUGGUGAUCUUGGCUCCGAGUUGCUACUGGACCUGAAUAUCCCCCACGCUUUCAUGUGGAGUCCUAAGCUCGUACCGAAACCUGGAGACUGGGGUGGCCUGAACGAUGUAAUUGGUACUGUUACGCUGAAAGAAGCCGCAUGCGUCUAUUCUCCAUUUCCAGAGCUUGAAGCAUUCUUACGAGAUGACGGAGGUCCAAUUUUUGUCGGCUUUGGCUCCAUGAUUCUAGCGAAUCCUCUGGCAACCACGAAAAUGAUCAUUGAAGCUGCUAAACAAGCCAACGUUCGUGUCCUGAUCCAGUCGAGCUGGAGUGAUAUGGCUGGUGAUAUUGAGAUCCCAAGCAACGUCUUCUUUGUUGGAAAUUGUCCUCACGACUGGCUCAUGCCCAGAGUAUCUGCUGUAGUUCAUCAUGGCGGUGCCGCAAACCCGGAGCUGCGUGAACGAGCUGAAGUGAUGCAGCGUAUGAUGCAGCAGGAAGAUGGUGCUGAAGAGGCUGUGCGCAGUUUCUACCGCCAUCUCCCGACCCAGGAUAUGUGGUGUGACUUGGAUCAUCAGCGUAUUGCUUCACAGUGGAGUGUUCAUGACCGGAUCAAGCUUUGCGAUCGCUGUGCAUUUGUUGUGAGAGAGCGUCAAGGCAAAAAACAUCGAAGGUUUCUGCGAUACAACGCUGUCGACUACUCUGCUCGAGGGCCAAGCUCGUUGUUGACAGGAGUAGCCACUGAGGUCAUCGUCUUCGCACACGAACUGACCGGGGCGUUUAUUGGUGUCUUGGUACAACCAGCAAAAGGAUUGAUCAAAGGAGGAGUCAUUGGCGGAAUCAAAGGAACCGUGGCUGGAGUCUACUAUUUGCUGCACACCGUUAAACGCCGCUAUCGCGUUCGCUACGAGGCUUUAUUAAAAGCAGAAAGGGUCCAACGACGUACGCAACAGAAGGAAGGUGUGCUAUUUACCGCUCGUGCGGAGUCCCAGUGUCAGUACAACCAACCAUUGCAAGAACUGCCUAGCAAUGACAUUGCGCUUCUCGAUGUGGACUCAAUAACUAGCGCUGCUAAAUACGGGGGUACGGACACCAGCAAAGCCUCAAACAUUGAACUGCAAACUGCAAAGCUUACUUCGAGGGGUGCUGUGGAGAUAUCGUUGGACUUGUGGGGCGAAUCGGCCGACGUAGUCGGACCGUCGAUCGUUGCUGAAUGGGAAGCGUAUUCAAGUUCAAAGAAGACGCCGGAAACAGGGCAAGGAGUGCCACUCAUGAAUAUCUGUCUCGCUGCUAUCGGUACCUGGAAUAAUGGAGUGAAGCAGUUUGUAGCUAUCGGGAUCAAACUUAAGGACCAGGGACAUCGUGUUCGGGUUGCAUCCAAUGAACGGUUUCGCUCCGAGAUCAUGUUACGCGGUUUGGAGUUUUAUCCACUCGCUGGAGCACCCGAGAGUGUUCAAGAUUUUGCCAAGUUUGUGCACGAAAGCCAAAACGCAGCGCGGGCGGCAACUUCUGGUCGUCUCGGUACAGGCGCCAUUCAAGCCUUCAAGGAGCUUAUUUACUCGCUGUGGCCGGCAGCCUACGGAUCCGAUCCUCAAGGUGGUGGUGCUAACAUCCCUGGGCGUCAUUUUCGAGCCGAUUCACUCUUGUGGCAUCCACUGCUUCUUGGUCACGUUCACGUAGCAGAACGACUUGGGAUUCCACUCCAAUGUGCGAGCUUGGAUCCUCUUUCACCGACAUAUUGUUUCCCUCACCCUCUGAGCUCCAUCAACGGCAUUGAACCGACAAUCAGGACCUUGUGUCAGAGUAACUUGAUGACGUAUGGGGUGGUUGAUACCACUCUAUGGCACGGGGGCGUCCAAGAAGUCUUGACCCAGUUUCGCGCCUUCAUCGGGCUCAACAAACGAUGCGAUCUUCCUGAUCCGCUGGUUCGAUGGGAGAUUCCUCACAUUUAUCUCUGGAAUCCUGCUUUGCUGCCGAAGCCUCUGGACUGGGGAGCUGAGCUGUCAGUUGUGGGUCAUGUGACGCUCGGACCUACGGACGGUCUUAGCCGAAAACGAGGAAAGAAGCGCGAAAAAGAGGACAAGCGAUUCAUGUGGCCUGACGAACUUGCUAAAUUCGCAUUCCAGACGUCAACCCUGCCAAUCAUCUACUUUGGAGUCUCUACGCGGCUGAUGACAACCGACGAUCUGGACGAGUUACUGCGGAAGAUUGACGCUGCAGCCACUACCCCAGCUUCCUAA